GCCUACUCGAUGCAGCGCGGCGCGCAGCUCCACUACGGCGGCACGCGGUUCGGCGCGCCGCUGAUCUCGAUGGGGUGGGUGAACGUGCUGAACGCGGUGGACCUGCUCGUGCUGAGCCGGGUGUCGUUCGAGGCGCAGAAGCUGUGGGAAUUCGCCAAGUACGCGCGGUCGGUGGACGGGGCGGUGGCGAAGCAGCAGCAGCAAUCACCCAAACCACCGCCCACACAAAACGACCCAACCCCCCAAGAAUGGGUCUCCCGACUGCGCUGGGCCUUCAGCAUCGCCUUCAACUACCGGCGCAUCGACACGCCGUGGGAGAUCCGGCAUCUGCCGCGGUUUGACGCCGCGGUGCCGGGGUAUGUGCCGUCCCGGGCACGGUUCUUGGUCGGUGCCGUGGGGAAGGUGGUCGUUGCGGUGGUGGUGAUCCAGGGGUGCACGAUGGAGACCGCGGAUGCGAAUCUGGGUCACGCGGUGGCGCUGCUGCCGGAGGCGAGGGGGACGCUGUUGCCGUUCGCGUUCGCGUUUGCUGAUGCUGAUGCUGAUACUCAGGCGGGCUGGGACUGGGAUGGGGUGUGGCGGCGGAUGCUGGUGCGGGCGCUGUUCUGUCUCUCGUUUGGGAUCGUGGGUCGCGCCACGAUCGUCGCUGCGUAUAAUGUGUGCGCCAUCGUGGCGGUCGGGUUGGGGCUGUAUGAGCCGGUGAUGUGGCCGCCUGUUGCUGGGUCGUUGUGGGAGGGUUGGUCCGUUAGGCGGUUUUGGGGGAUAACGUGGCAUCAGACCUUCCGCCAACUGCUGACCUCCAACGCGGACUUUUUGCUCUCUCUGCUGCGGAUAUCGCCGAGCGGACGACUGGGGUGGACCCUCCGGGCUCUGCUUGCGUUCACGGUGUCAGGGGUCAUUCAUCUCUUCAUGGAUGUGGGGUUCGGGGUGCCGAUGGUCAAGAGCGGCGCCUUGUGGUUCUUCUGUCUGCAGAUCGUCGGGGUCGUCAUUGAGAGCAUGGUGCGAGAUCUCACCCGGCCACUGCGGGCGAGGAUGAAUCCCGGUGUCAAGAGGAUGAUCGGGUAUGUCUGGGUGGCGCUGUUCAUGCUGUGGACGGUCCCGAUCUGGAUCAACCCCAUCUUGAUCCAGUUGUACAGUGAUGGAGUCCGGAUGAUGUCGCCCUUUUUGUGCUUCGGAAGUUGGACGAUCUAGAAUCUAGAUUUAAAGCAUAGAGAUACACCUUAGACAAGAGGCA